CAUUUUUAUUACAUUUCCUGAUGCAUAUACAUGUACUUAUGUUGUGUAGAAAGUGUGAACUAAUAUAAAUUAUUUCUUAGUAUGAGUGUUCAAGGAUCAUUAUUGAAUCAGUCUUUUAAUGAAGAGGCUGAGAUGAAACUGAUGACCGUCUUAAGGUGUUUGGAAGAACUAAUCAUGAGCAUUGAAAAUUUAUUAAAUCAAGGUAUGCUGCUACCACUAGUUAAGCUGAUCUAUCAGUCGUUAGUUAAUUAUAUUAAUAAUGUUUUAUUAAUUAUUAAUAUUCAAUUAACUGAAGCUCAAUUAAUUGAUUUGUGCCAAGUACAAGUUACAUCAGUUGUUAAUAUAUUCCGACAGUCUCUUGACUUCAUGAUUGGAGGCAGGUAUCAAUUAUUACAGUUAUACCAUCAAGCAGCUGCCACUAAUUUAUCUUAACUAUUACAUGUGGUAAUUCUUUGUUAAUAAUAAUAAUAGAUAAAGUGUAUAUUAUAUAAAUGAUAGACUCACAAUCAAUCACUAAUCAAAGCCAAUCAUCAUCAUUAUUAAUUUAUUAUUAUUAUAAUAUUAUUAUUAUUAUUAUCAUUUUAUUUCGUUCUUGAUUCAUACACAUGAUUAUUCAACAAUAAUUUUUUUCUAAAGUUUUCUAUGAAUUAAACCAUGAGUCACAUUUACAAUGUAUAAUAGCAGUCUCUGUAUGUCAAUCACUGUCCAUGCAUGGUAGUUCCCUUGUUGUCAGUACCUUCAUUAAUUAAACUAAAUGUUCGUUGCAUUCAUUUUCAUUGUUUAUUGUUUAUUGUUAGUAUUAUUAUUAUUUCAUCAAGUUAUGUUUGACAGUUUAAGUUGAAAAUUUGUACAUUACACGAAACAGUUGUUUUGUACAAGUGUCAAAGAAUAAUUCACAGUGUAUAUAUACACAUGCAUGUUGUGAUCCUUCCUCACUGAAGGACCAGGUUAUAUCAUUACUGGAGUAGCUUCAAGUAUAAGCUAGGUUUAUAAAAUGCCUCCUCCUCCACCUCCUAAAAAGAGCUCAAAGCCGUCAGUAGUAGCAGCACUAGGACAGCAACAACCAUACCCUCCAUCUUUCCCUCCUCCUCCCAUACAAUCAACACACUUCCCUCCUCCUCUGCAGCAGCAACAGUUUGAACCCACUCCUCCUGCAGUUCCACAGCAUUUUAAACCUCCUGCAAUUUCAAAGCAUUUUAAACCUCCUUCUCUACCAAUACAAGAACCUCCUGCAGUGAUUGAUAUACCAUCAAUAGUUGAGGCUCCUAAAAUACCUUCAGUAUUACCAGAAGCAGCUAAUGUUCUUUCUGAGGUUGCUCUAGACAUAACUGCAGAGGGAGCUGGUCCUGAUGGUGAAGAGGACACUCCACCAGUUACUGCAAAGACUUAUAGUGAUGCUUUUGAUGAAGAGUAUGUAAGACCUAGUCUUGAUUUUGAUAAGUUCAUAUCAGAAGAAUCCAGUACUCUUACUGCUCGAAAGAUAAAGAUGGUUCACAAGAAACUGUACGAAAAGACAAAGUCCAUUUCGUACAAUUGUCUAGUGAUGAUUGUUGGAUUCCCUUUCAUUAUAGUGUGGGGUUUGUUGCUAGGGAUAACCUCCUUUGCAAUGAACUGGGUCUACAUUCCAUUGCUGAAGCUUGUGAGCUGGUUACUCAAUGCUACCAUACCAGUCCUGACCCCACUGAGGAACUGCUGCAAACCAGUCAUGGAGCUAGUCGCAAUCAUAUGCAAACGAUAGAGGACAUUGUAAACUUGAGCUUUUUAGUUUGUGCACACAUUUUUUGCAAUUUUUUAGCGAAGAAAUUGACAUUAAUUAAA